UCUUCUUCGCUACAGUGCCAAUUCAUGUUCCCAAAUGGGACACUUCAUUUCCAACAAAUCCAGUCUCAGAUUGUGCAACGUUUCCGGUAGGAAGACAGAAUUGGUGGAGAUUCAUGCUACAAAUCCCAGAAUGCAUCUUCUUUUUCUUCCUGGAAAUCCAGGAGUUAUUUCAUUUUACACUGAUUUUUUGGAGUCCCUUUACGAGCAAAUGGGAGAGACUGCUUCUAUUACAGGAAUUGGGUAUAUAUCACACUCAGAAAAGGACUGGGAGAACAGAAAGUUGUUCUCACUGAAGGAACAAAUUGAUCAUAAGAUAAAUUUCAUUCAGCAGGAACUGCAAGCACUGGAAGUCCCUCUUAUAGUGGUGGGGCACUCCAUUGGGUCCUACAUGUCUUUGGAAAUAUUUAAACAAAUUCCCAAAAAGGUUGCAUAUUUUAUUGCCCUCUAUCCAUUCUUGGCUGUGAAUUCAGAGUCACAUCAACAGUCGAUUAUCAAGAAAAUUUCAAGAUCCCGAUUUGCAUCUAGAUUGAUCAGUGCGAUCGUCGCAUUGUUGGGAUUGCUACCAGUUAGGGCAUCAGCAUUUAUUGCAAAAAACUCAUUGGCGAAAUCAUGGUCCUCUACUGCUAUUGAUGCUCUUUGUACAAGUGUUCUUAAGUAUCACACAAUGAACAAUGUGCUUUAUUUGGCCAUGACCGAGUUUGAAGAGCUAUACAAGGAACCGGAUUGGGAUUUUAUGAGGAAAAAGCACAAUCGGAUUGCAUACUUGUAUGGUGAUGAUGAUCACUGGGCUCCAUUGCGCAUGCAUGAUGAGAUAGUGAAGCAGGUUCCAGAUGCUAUUGUGGAAGUCGAACGAGAGGGGCACACCCACUCUUUUUGCUGCACCAUGGCCGGUUCAGUGUGGGUGGCUCGUCAUGUUGCUACCUUGAUCAACAAAACCAUAUUUUGAUCAUUUGAUGUGAACCAUGGUUUAAUCUUUGUAGGUUCAAUAGGCUUAUUAGGUAGCUCACAUGAACCUUUUGAAUAGUUAAUGUGUUGUACCUUCCUCUUUAAUUGUAAAGCAAUGCAAAACGUGCACCCUAUCUUGUGUAAA